UUAAAUUUGAACAGGGUCUGUACUACAGGCUAAAGGGUCUUUCUUUUCGAACGAUUUCUGAACAAUAAAACAUUUAUGAUCAAACAAGCAAAACCAAGCAGGUGUUUUGGCAGUCAAAAUUCGAGAACCCGUCAAACUGACAAACAACGAAAAAUUUUCGUUCAACAAAUUUCUUUCGGAAAAUGCUGCAAAUAGUACAAAAUUCAAGAUGAGCUGCACCUUUCGGCGUUUGAUCUACAAGUAUCGACAGUUGAAGUGUUCGAACGGCACUUUGUUGAAUUCCAUGCAGAUCGGGUUUUUGACGGGACUUGGGGACGUUUUGGCGCAAAAAUAUUUGGAGGAGCAAUGCGAAAUCGACUGGCUGAGGACAGCGAAAGCGACCGCCUUCGGGGCGUUCUUCGUGGGGCCAGCCACAUCUUGGUGGUUCAGAUUCGCCGAGAGAAAAUUCGCCUGCAAGCCGUGCAAAGAGUGUUCCAAAUUCACGAUGGCACUUAAACAGAUCCUGGCCACGGAAUUGAUCUUCGUUCCGAUUGUCAACGCAGCUGGGUUGACUGUGAUGAGCACUAUAGAUGGGAAAUGUUACGGCGGCAUCGUGCAAACUGUGAAUGAAAAAUGGGGCGACAUCGUCGUCGCCAACUGGACGUACUGGCCCUUGAUACACUUCAUCAAAUACAUGGUCCUCAUACCCAGGCACCAAUUGUUGAUUUUCAAGCUUGCCUAUGUCCCUUGGGCUGCCUACCUAUCCUGGAAGUACCAUUUGGACGAGUGCGAGGCCUGCUGCGAAGAAUGCGAAGACGACGAUGAAUAGUCCUGUGAUGUUUUUUUCUAUAAAAUUGUACAAAUUGUCAAAGA